ACCGUAGUAAUACUCACCAGGAUUCUUGCUAACAUUUCCGUUGUACUUCUUACCAAGAUUCUUGCCAAGAUUCCCUUAGUAAUCCUUACCGAGAUUCGUACCAAGAUUCUUGCCAAGUUUGCCGUAGUAAUUCUUACCAGGAUUCACGCCAAGAUUCCCGUAGAAAUUCUUGCCAAGAUUGCCGUACUAAUUCUUACCACGAUUCUUGCCAAGAUUGCUGUAGUAAUUCUUAACAAGAUUCUUGCUAAGAUUCCCGUAGUAAUUCUCUCCAGGAUUCUUGCCAAGAUUCCCGUAGUAAUUCUUGCCAAUAUUCUUACCAAGAUUCCCUUACAAAGAUUGUUACCAAAAUUGUUGCCAAGAUUCCUGUAGCAAUUCUCACCAGGACUCUUGCCAAGAUUCCCGUACUAAUUCUUACCAAUAUUCCUGGAAGGAUUCUUGUAAUAAUUUUUGCCAAGAUUGCCUUAGUAAUUUAUACCAAGAUUCUUGCCAAGAUUGCCGUAGUAAUUCUUGCCAAGAUUCUUGCCAUGAUUCCCUUAGUAAGUGUUAGCAAGAUUCUUCCCAAGAUUCUUGUAGUAAUUCUUACCAAGAUUUUUACUAAGACUCCCCUAGUAAAUCUACCAAGAUUCUUGCCAAGAUUCCCGUAGUAAUUCUUACCAAGAUUCCCGUAGUAAUUCUUACCAAGAUUCUUGCUAAUAUUCCCGUAGUUAUUCUUACCAAGAUUCUCGCCAAUAUUCUUAUAGUAAAUGUUACCAAGGUUUUUGCCAAAAUUCCCUUAAUAAUUCUUACCAAGAUUCGUACCAAGAUUCCCGUAGUAAUCUUUCCAGGAUUCUUGUCAUGAGUCCCGUAGUUAUUCUUUCCAAGAUUUUUGCCAAGAUUCCCGUAGUAAAUCUUACCAAGAUUCUAGCCAAGAUCCCCUAAUAAUUCUUCCCAAGAUUCUUGCCAAGAUUCCGGUAGUAAAUCUUACCAAGAUUCUUGCUAGGACUCCCGUAGUAAUUCUUACCAGGAUUCUUGCCAAGAUUCCAGUAUUAAUUGUCAACAGGAUUCUUGCCAAGAUUCCAGUAGUAAUUGUCAAUAGGAUUCUUGCCAAUCCUAAAUAAAUCCUAUAGUAUCCUCAACAAUUCUAGACAAGAUACUAUAGCAUCUUAGUCAUGAAAUAUACAAGUGCCAUUUUGAGCAGGUUAAUAAAAAGGGAAGGUUUAAGUAGGAUCCUACGGAAUCCUUAUCAAAUCUGGACAAGAUCCUGCAGGAUAAUAGACAAGAUCCUAUGCAAUCUUACAAGAUCCUACAGGAAUUCUGUGGAAUCUUAAUCAAUUCUGGAAAAGAUCCUACAGUAUUAUAGACAAGAUUAUAUGAAAUCCCACAGGAUCCUACAUUAUCCUAGAGAAUCCUAUAAGAUCGUACAGGAUCCUAUGGGAUGGGUAUGGAAUCUUAGACAAGCAGGAAAGGACUCCACAGCACUCUUUAAAAAUCUUAGAAGAUCCUACAGGAUCUCACAGGAUCCCAGACAAAAUCCUAUGAGAUGAUUAUUAAUUUUAGUCAAGAUACUAUGGGAUCUUAGACAAGAUUUUGAACGACUCAAAAGAAUCCUGUUUUUCCUGCUUUGGAAUCCUACUUAACUCUGUGAACGUUCCUACAGUAUUAUAGCCAGGAUCAUAUUAAAUCGUACAGUAUACUAGAGAAUCCUAUAACAUCGUAAAGGAUCCUAGACAAAAUUCUAUGGAAUCUUCAACAAGUCUAGAGAAGAUGCUAUAGCAUCUCAGACAAGGAACGUACGAAUUUAGUUAAGAAAUAUACAAUUGCUUAUUUGAUCAGGUUAAUACAAAGAGAAGGUUUAAGAGCGGCCGUCCGUAAAUAUCGCCUGGGGGCGUGCAAAAUGAAAAAAUCGAAAAUCCCCAAACUUUGUCAGAAUAUAGCCCUAGGUGAACUAUUUCUAGAAAAAUAACUUUUAGUUCGAUUAGAUUAUGGAGAAGAUCCUUCAAGAUAAUAGACAAGAACCUAUGCAAUCGUACAAGAUCCUACAGGAAUUCUUGGAAUCUUAUUCAGUUCUGGAAAAGAUCUUACAGUAUUAUAGACAAGAUCAUAGGAAAUCCUACAGGACCCUACAGUAUCCUAGAGAAUCCUAUAAGAUCGUACAGGAUCCUAUAGGAUGGGUUUAGAAAAUGGGAUGCAAAAUUUUUGCAAUGGCACAAGAUCCUAGAGGAAAUCUAUGGAAUCUUAAUCAGUUUUGGAAAAGAUCCUACAGUAUUAUAGACAAGAUCCUAUGCAAUCCUCAACAAAUCUGGAGAAGAUCCUCCAGGAUAAUAGACAAGAUCCUAUGCAAUCGUACAAGAUCCUAGAGGAAUUCUAUGGAAUCUCAAUCAGCUCUGGAAAAGAUCCUACAGUAUUAUAGACAAGAUCAUAAGAAAUUCUACAGGUUCCCAGAGAAUACUAUAACGUCGUACAGGAUCCUAAACAAACUCCUGUGGAAUCCUCAACAAGACAAGUUUCCCGGGGUAAUUCUUGCCAAGAUUCUUACCAAGAUUCUCUUAGUUAGUGUUACCAAGAUUCCCGUUGUAAUUUUUACCAAGAUUUUUACCAAGAUUCCCGUAGUAAUUCUUGCUAAGAUUCUCACCAAGAUUCCCUGAGUAAAUCUUACCAAGAUUCUUGCCAAGAUUCCCGUAGUAAUUCUUACCAUGAUUCUUACAAAUAUUCCCGUAGUUUUUUUUACCAAGAUUCUCUUAGAAAAUCUUACCAAUAUUCCCGUGGUAAUUCUUACCAAGAUUCCCGUAGUAAUUCUUUCCAAGAUUUUUGCCAAGACUCCCGUAAUAAUUCUUACCAAGAUUCUUCCCAAUGUUCCCUUUUUAAUUCUUAUCAAGAUUUUUACCAAGAUUCCAGUAAUAGUUGUUACCAAGAUUCUUGCCAAGAUUCCUUAAUAAUUCUUACGACGAUUCUUGCCAAGAUUCCCGUAGUAAUUCUUAGCAGUCCCGGCUUAAAUUGCCCCAUCGCGUCCUUACAUUUAUUAUUUAUUACUUGGAUUUUUAUUUCAGUUGUAUGUUGGUACGUGUGCUUACGCAAUUUAAUUUUGGGCGGGUGCAUUAUUUAUUUUGUUUAAGUUGCGUGUAAAUUAAGUUCCUUUAAUAACGUCUUAGUUUUGCUUUGCGUUAUUUUCCUCACUUAUAUGUUCUGUCCGCGAUUGUACCUACAGGGUGGGAGCUCCUCCUAAAAUGCUCUGCAAUUGGUACAGGAUUUAGUUCACCGAAACCAAUUGUGGAAGUGAACGCAUUUUAGGCUUCCUACUGAUGAACAGUUGGGACACGUAGAUAUAUUUUUUAGCAACUACUAUAAUUCGCAGUCUGUCUACUUUGAACUACCAAGAUUCUUGCGAAGAUUACCGUAGUAAUACUCACCAGGAUUCUUGCUAACAUUUCCGUUGUACUUCUUACCAAGAUUCUUGCCAAGAUUCCCUUAGUAAUCCUUACCGAGAUUCGUACCAAGAUUCUUGCCAAGUUUGCCGUAGUAAUUCUUACCAGGAUUCACGCCAAGAUUCCCGUAGAAAUUCUUGCCAAGAUUGCCGUACUAAUUCUUACCACGAUUCUUGCCAAGAUUGCUGUAGUAAUUCUUAACAAGAUUCUUGCUAAGAUUCCCGUAGUAAUUCUCUCCAGGAUUCUUGCCAAGAUUCCCGUAGUAAUUCUUGCC